AUGGCUGCCGUGCGCGUGGGGCUGUGCCGCAGGCAUGGCCGAGCACCAGAGCUCCGGAGUAAAGGCGGCUCCACCGACGGGGCCAGCCGUGGCCGGGGCCGCCUGCGGAGCGGUCUGGCAGCUCCCCACCGGAGCGGUCUGGCAGCUCCCCACUGUCACCAGAGGGAAGGGGGGACAGCUCUCCGCUGCGCUGUCUCCAAGCUGGCCCUGAGCCCAGCAGCCAAAUCCCUGGCAGGGGGAUGCAAUCAGGACCCUUACGGGCAUUUAAGAUCCCCAGGUGCUGCUAUCCCUUUUUCUCUGCUUCGCAGAGAAGCAUGGGAGCAGAUGGUAGCCACUUUAACUGCGCAAAUAAAAUAUUUCCCUCCCUAUGCAAAAAUAGCUGUUAAAAAUAUUGAAGGGAAGCAAAGCUCUAGACAACUUCAGUUUGUCCAUAACAUUCGCCUGCAAUCAGCAAUGGUAUUGAGAAGGUCAAGACUUCAAGAUUGUUCUACACAUCAAACAAAAUCAGUUCAGAGCUGUGAUGGAGUAUCAGAUAUAGACAGCUACAAAUCAAGCAGUGCAGACAAUUUCUGUCUUAUAUCACCAUCCAAGAGAAACAGAGCUGAAAGUGUUCCCACAGGUCAACUAAGGUAAUCAAAGCUCUUCUCUGUUGCUUUUAAUCAUGACUCCUUAUCCAAAGUUAUUAAACAACAGCCAAAUGUAAUCAAAGUCGUAGCUUACAAAAAUGGCACAAGAAAGAUCUUUGCUAAAGUUUCUGUGUCUUUAAUUAAGCCACUGCUGGAGGAGUGCUCUGAAAAGCUGAAUCUGAACAUGGCUGCACAAUGAGUGUUCUUGGCAGACAGCACUGAAGCACUAGAACCUAAAGACAUACCCCAUGAUGCCGACAUUUAUAUUUCAACUGGAGAGACCUUUUUAUAUCCAUUCAGAAAAAGAAAAGACCAUCUGUCAUUAAUGAAGAACAUCUUUUGGACAGUGAAUGGCCUGGUUGUCCAUAGUGGGAUCAAGCAAAAGAAAACCAAGCCUGUGAUUUCCAGCUGUCUGUAG